CCCACCACAUCAAAACUUUUGACGUUAUUCUGUCCAUUUCAUUCGCCAUCUUCCGUCACACCUUCCUUUCUUCAAUAUAUAAUCUGCAUUCUGCAUCCAACGUCUCUCAAACUACAAAUUUCACAUCUCAAAUUAUUCGAGACUCUUUCAAUGGUAUUCAUUUCUACCCCAAUUUUCACUCCAAUCAGUUUACUUCUACUUUGAAUUCGUCCAAUUUUUUAAAAAUUCUUUCUUCAUUGAUGUGACAAACUUCUAUUUAUUCAAUCAAUUAUGGCUGAAAACAACAUCAACGGAGAAGAAAAAUUGAUAGCUGUAGCAAGAGAAAUUGCUAAAUCCUUAGGUCAUUCAAAUUCUAUGACCGACGAUAUUAUCGACAUUUUCUCCACUUUCGACGGCCGAUUUUCUCGCGACAAACUCUCGCCAUCUUCCGAUAUGUUGCAGGCAUCUCGUACAAUUUCCGAUAAGAAGCCUUCGUCGGCAGUCGCUACUUUGGAAGAAUGCCUUACUUCGUUGGAACUUCAAAUUUCUCAGUAUCUCUCUUUUGACCAGCCGAUUUGGUCAAAUUCGUCUGAUUCUUGUGCUUUUCUUGAAGUUUUUGAUGAAUUGAUUGGCACAAUGCGCGAAUUUUCUCCAUUGGCCCGCGAUAAUAAAGCGGUCGGUGUUGAAUUGGAUCGUGCUGAGGAUUUGCUUCAAUCGGUGAUUUUUAAGAUGAAGGAGGAGUUUCGUGGUCUGAUCCGUCGCGGUUCUGACUCGUUCGAUUUGAGUCGUGAGUCUUCGGAUUCUGACUCCGAAGGUAAUUAUGAUGAUGGUGAGAUUCCUGUUGCUCAUCCUGUUACUGAUUUUAAUAUUGUAAUCGAUGCCUUGCCGUCGGCAACAACUAACGAGCUUCAUGAGAUUGCAAAGAGAAUGGUGGCGGUUAAUUAUGGAAGAGAGUGUUCGCAUGUUUGUAGUGCUUGUCGGAGAGAGUUUCUUGAGGAGAGUUUAUCUAGAUUAGGGUUACAGAAAUUGAGUACUGAUGAAGUUCAGAAGCUUCCAUGGCCGGAGCUUGAAGAUGAGAUUGAACGUUGGUGCAAGUCGGCGGAUUUUUCUUUGAGAGUUCUGUUUCCGUCGGAGAGACGAUUGUGUGGUCGUAUUUUCUCGGGAUAUCCUUCUGCUUCGGAUUUCGCUUUCAUGGAGGUUUGUCGUGGUUCAGUGAUUCAGCUGUUAAAUUUUGCUGACGCGGUUGCAAUAUCGAGUCGUUCGCCUGAGAGAUUGUUUAAAGUUCUUGAUAUAUACGAGACUUUGAGAGAUUUGCUUCCGGAAUUUGAGAUAUUAUUUUCCGAUCAAUUUUGUGUGUUUUUAAGAAAUGAAGCCUUGGCUAUUUGGAAGAGGGUUGGGGAAGCCAUCCGAGGGAUUUUUAUGGAGCUGGAGAAUUCAAUUAGACGUGAUCCGGCUAAAGUUCCAGUUCCUGGUGGUGGACUUCAUCCGAUAACUCGGUAUGUGAUGAAUUACCUUCGUGCCGCGUGUCAAUCGCGGCAGACGCUUGAGCAGGUGUUUGAGGAGGAGAGGGAACGAGCAAUGUCAGGGAUUAGCUCAUUGUCGGUUCAAAUGGUGUGGAUUAUGGAGUUACUGGAGAGUAAUUUGGAGGCAAAGUCAAAGGUUUAUAAAGAUCCUGCUUUGAGCUCUGUGUUUAUGAUGAACAAUGGAAGGUACAUUGUUCAAAAGGUGAAGGGUAGCGAACUAGGGCUGUUGUUAGGGGAAGAUUGGAUUAGGAAACACAAUGUGAAAGUGAGGCAAUUCCGUGUGAAUUAUCAAAGGAGUACAUGGAAUAAGGUGAUUACGAUUUUGAAGGUGGAUAAUGGUGGCAAUAAUCUUAAUGGCGGGAUGAAAGAGAGGUUCAAGAUGUUCAAUUCUUACUUUGAGGAGAUUUUAAAGAUACAAUCUUUGUGGAUCGUAUCUGAUGAUCAGUUGAGGGAGGAUUUGAAGACGGCUCUUAUUCAAAACCUGUUACCUGCUUAUAGAAAUUUCAUUGGGAUGUUCCAGAGCUCUCCUGAAGCGGGAAGGAACCCUGAGAAGCAUAUCAAGUUGAGUGUUGAGGAUAUUGAGGCACGGAUCAACAAUGAGCUGUUUCGGGGUAAUAGUAGCGGUAGCAGGAGAUGAAAACCGCUGGUGAUUCGUUUUAUCGAUGAUGUUGUAGGUAUUGUAGAAUGUUGUUGAACAAUGUAGCAAAGUGUGUAUUGAUGUACAAUGAUUUAUGAAUAUAUGACCUACGGAUUGAAAUGCUAGGUCUUUUGCAAGGUUUUGGUAGUCAAUUGUUUUUCCCACCAGGGGUGUAAAAUUUUGGUGGCUUUUGGUAGUUUUCCACUGGGUUGUAUAAAUGUGAAAUUUGGAGUUACAUACUUGCGGAGUCAAGACUCAAUUCCCAUGAGGUUGGUGAUGGAUUCGAUCACUUGAUCAUGUAUGCUCUAUUUUGCACUCUUGAGAGUGAAGAUGAGAGUGUCAUGGGUAAUGAAAGCAUAUGCUUUGGGUCACUCAAUGAAGUGAUGGAUGAAGAUGACUUGGUGUGUCUUAAUGUAGAGAAGACACGAAGAUCAGAGGCUCAGACUGACCGCUCGACUGGUCGAGCGUAUGUGGCUCAGUCGAGCUUGCUGCUUGAUCGAGCGGAUUGGCAGCGUCCAAAACAGAAGCUUUUUGUUUUAUAUAAGGGCUUUUAGGAGCUCAUUAGGGCAGUAGAGAGACGCUAAUACUAAGAGUUAACUAGGGUUUUAGUCAAGAGAGUUUAUUCCACAUGUAUCAGGGCAUUUAAGAGAGUGACUUCAAAAGUUCAAUUGCUUUGAGAGGUUGUUUUUAAAGCUUGUAAGGUGAGUCAUUAAGUUGAGUAUAUUAAUGAUAAGAUACUUGUUUUGAGGGGGAGAUAUUCAAAGAUACCUCAUAUUUCUUGUGUUUUCUCUUCUUCAUUGUUGUGCUCUAUUUUUAGUAUUUUUCUUCGCAUUUGUUUGUUGCUUGUUUCUUCACCGUUGCCAUAACACAUUCACAACAAUACUAAAUGUAUAAUCCAAAUUUUCAUCCUACCAUAUUUCAAUUGUAGUAAUAUGGAUUCAUUUGAUCACUAAUGUUGGUAAGAAACUGCCGUUCAGAAAUUUCCUGCUUGCUUAUUGAACUUGAAGUUUUGUUUAUUAUUCAAGAACGAACAUUUUAUAGGAAA